CUUCCACAGUAACCGUGUGGCCUUUUUUGUUCCCUGCCCCGUCUCCUUCCCCUGCCCCUUCCCUUCUUCUCCCUCCUUCCCCCUACCCCUCUGUGUCACUCAAGGCUCAUUUCCCCACCCCACCAAAAUGAUGCUCAGCCCGGACCAGGCGGCGGACUCCGAUCACCCCUCCUCCCCUCCCUCGGACCCCGAGUCGCUGGCGGGGCCCGACGCCAAGGGGCUGCUGGGCUGCUGCGCCUCGGACCCGGAGCCGGUGGAGGAGGGGGAGCGGCGGGGGCGGCGGCGUGCCACGGCCAAGUACCGGACAGCCCACGCCACGCGGGAGCGCAUCCGUGUCGAGGCUUUCAACAUGGCCUUCGCCGAGCUGCGCAAGCUGCUGCCCACCCUGCCCCCGGACAAGAAGCUCUCCAAGAUCGAGAUCCUGCGCCUGGCCAUCUGCUACAUCUCCUAUCUCAACCACGUGCUGGACGUGUAGGGCCUGCGCCGCCCACAGCCGGACCGCGGGAGCCCUGCUGGAGGCGGAGGAGGCGACGCGCACUGCCGGGAGGGGAAACUGACCAGGGGAGACACUUGCAACACAUUCCAGCCAGGGGAAGGGGGGAUCUGCAGGUUCCCCCGUCCCAGCCCUGCCUGGCAGAGCCGGGCUGCAUCGGAACCUUUCCGGACAGCUUUGGGGGCGCCCCACCGUCUUUCCAUUGCAAAUGCAUCUGCCUUUUCCAAGACAGCUGUAGGGCGUGAUAACCAGCGCCGAGAUCAUUCCUGUCAAUAGACCGCUCUCUCCUGCAGGGCUAGCUCCUUUGGCAGUCCCGCUAGACUCCGCAGGUAACGGGACUUCCCUGCCCUCCCUUUCUGACUGCUGGCCCGGCUCCAGGGGACACACGCUCCGAAACUUCUCCAUUUCUCCGCCAUGAAAAUCCCACCGUGCCCAACGCAAAGCGGAAGAGAGGCGCCCGGUGGGUCUGUUUUUCGCACCAGAACUUGUCCAAUUAGCCUCCAGCUCAGCAAAGCACUUGCCAAGUCAAUGGCACUUUAAAGUUCUAAAGUUCUGCAGGCUGAAGUGCUUUGCUGAAUGAGGACAUUCAAGGCCCAUAGAGUGAAAAGGAAGCUAUGAAGAACAUAGCAAGUGAAAGGGCAGAUGCAUUUCCA